CCGGAAGUAGAAUUUACUCGAGUAUCGGUCGCUUCAGCUACACACACCAGCUUCUCUCAGGGAAACAAAAAGUAUUGUUAGCUUUUCUAUAGCAAUAAACUUGGACGCGUUAUCCACAGGCUUCUAGAGCUGACUAACACACACCCACUCACACACACAGAGGUGCUAUGGCGUUAAAAAGAAUACAGAAGGAGCUUCAAGAUUUGCAAAGGGACCCUCCUGCACAGUGCUCAGCUGGACCUGUUGGAGAUGACCUGUUUCAUUGGCAAGCAACGAUAAUGGGACCUACCGAUAGUCCAUACCAAGGAGGAGUCUUCUUCCUUACUAUCCACUUUCCCACAGACUAUCCCUUCAAGCCUCCAAAGGUAGCGUUCACAACGAAAAUUUAUCACCCAAACAUAAACAGUAAUGGAAGUAUUUGCUUGGACAUCUUAAGGUCACAGUGGUCCCCAGCACUAACAGUUUCAAAAGUUCUAUUGUCCAUAUGCUCCUUGCUCUGUGACCCAAACCCAGAUGACCCCUUAGUCCCAGACAUAGCACACAUCUACAAAUCAGACAAAGAAAAAUACAACAGACUAGCAAGAGAAUGGACCCAAAAGUAUGCAAUGUGAAGACUCAAUGGAUUUUUUUUUAAGUCACAGAUCACUGUCAAUUCUAGUAUCUGGGGAAAAAAAGUACUUAGGUUAUAUUAUUAAAGACAUUGUAUUGAUAAGAUUCAUCAUCUGCAGUGACCUAUAAGAAUGAAUAGCUGAUCUAGUAUUUAAGAGGGGAGCAUUUUCUUUGCACAACUCUAAAAACGAAACAGUUAUUCACUCUGUUCGUUUGCUCCCUUCCACCCCAAGCCACCCCCCACCCCACUACCCCACCUUCAAACGGUGUUGGGCACUUAGCAAUUGUUCGAUAUCAUGUUUAAAAUUGGCAUAGCACUGAACAGCCUCGUUUAUCCCUGAAAAAGGGAAAAAUAAACAACCUUGUUGUUCAGUCAAUCAAGUUCAUUUUCUUUAGAUAUUUUUAUUGUAUAGUUAAAUGCAGUUAUACUUGAUUUUUUUUAUAUAUAUCAUUAAAAGUUGUUUUAAAACGA